AUGCGGCCAUGGACCCGCGUUCAUGUUGACCAGUGGAAAUCAAGGAUGAUCCUGGUGAUUGUGGACAGCCAUUCCGGGUGGGUGGAAGCCAUUCCAACCCCAUCAGCUACGACAGCCGCGACUGUGGAAGAGUCACGAACUGUGUUCGCGCGCUUCGGCCUGCCUGUAUACCUGGUGACGGACAAUGGGACAUCAUUCACCGGCGUCGAAUUUCAAGACUGUGCAAAAAAGUGGCACACGACACAUUCGUACAGCAUCUACAAGCCACAAUCAAAUGGUUUGGCCGAAAGAGCUGUACGUUCCGUGAAAGAGGGUCUGAAACGUAUGACCGGGGGGAAGCCUUACCACAAGAUUGGCCAGGUGGUUGCACAUUGA